AUGCGAUAUCACGUGCUUUCCGUCGGCCUCAUCCACCUCACCAUGGGCAAAAACAAGAACAAGAGUAAGAAAAAGAACAAGUUUGUUCUGCGACCAUGGUGCUGGUACUGCGAACGAGAGUUUGAGGACGAGAAAGUAUUGAUGCAGCAUCAAAAAGCUAAACACUUCAAAUGUGGUCAUUGUCCGAGACGACUGAACACCGCAGGUGGUCUAGCGGUUCAUAUUCAACAAGUACAUAAAUUGGAUCCUGAAAAGAUUGAAAAUGCGCUGCCUGGACGAGAUGGAUAUGAGGUGGAAAUCUUCGGGAUGGAAGGAAUUCCUGCCCCUGACAUGGCAGCCUACAAACGCCGAAAAGAAGAGGAGCUCGGUCUCGCAUCAGGCACAAUCUCCCAGCCCCCCAGAAACGACCUAAAAUGGACUAUCGCAACCUACCGACGCGGAACUCGCAGCUCAACUCGCAGCUCACAAGGCGCUUAUGGCAGGAAACGAUGUUGGGCCCAGCGCACCGGCGUCUUUGGUGCGCCAAUGGUGUUUGGAGGGCCGGUACCACCCCCUUUUGUACCUGGAGGUGCGCCAAUACGGUUGGGUGGUCCCCCGCCGCCUGGGUUCCCUCCUGGACCACCUCCACCCGGAGUCGCGGGCGCGCCGCCUCUGCCUCCAGGCGUAGGCGUGCCACUAGGAAUUUCGCCUCCGCCUCCAGGAGCCUUUUCUCCAACUCCGCCAAUCUCUGCAGCACCUCCAUCAGCACCUCCUGUCGAUAUCAAACCUUCCACUCCAGAUGUCAAGCCACCGGCAGAAGAAAACAAACCGUCGGCUGCAAAUUCCAACUACACAAAUCCACCAAUGAAGCAAGGAACGGCACUGGUAUACAACGACGCGAACCAGAGCCCCGAGGAAUCUCGCGCAUAUGAUAACAAGUAUGUCCAAAACGAGGGAGUAAAACUGUCGAUGGCAGGAGAAGCUGCAGAGGGAGGAAGUAGGAAGCGACCGAGAGCUGAGGAUUUCUUGGGAUGA